ACAACUUUGAUUUUGUUGACUUCGACUCUUUUACUUGAGAUUUACUUUUCUACUUUCUUGUUCUUGUUAUUACUCUUUUGAAAAGGUAUACUGGAGCUCUGCUGUCGCUGCUUUUGGACAGACGACUAGCAUGGCGGCAACUCAAACACGAAGACCGGGAGCUUCGCACUCCCCUAUCGACCCCGGCCAGUCCUCACCAUCACCAUCCGACUAUGCAUCAACACACACCGUCCUCUCCCCCGAACCGGACACAUCAGACAUAGACGAGUCAGCGCUGGUCGAUGGCUCGGUCGACGAGGAGGAGGAGCUGUAUUCUGAUCGAUCGAGUUCCCUCGAGAUACCGAACGAGAGCAUAGACUUUGAUGUCGUUUACUCUUUGCGGCACUUUGUGGCUACUAUCGAGGGUCAGGCUAGUGUCAGCAAGGGGGAUGCGAUGUGCCUUAUGGACGAUAGCAAUAGCUAUUGGUGGCUGGUUAAGGUGCUUAGGAGCGAGGAUAUUGGCUAUAUCCCGGCAGAGAACAUCGAGACCCCUAUUGAGAGACUAGCGAGGUUGAACAAACAUAGGAAUGUUGAUCUCGCCGCAGCAACACAAGCAGAACGGGAUGCCCAUCCCGCUCUUUCCGCCCUGGCGGCCCGACGUGCUCGCGACCUUCAAUCCUCCUCCGCCAAUUCCUCGCGCCGUGGUACCCCACCCAACAUACCCAACACCAAUCGCGCCAACAGCUCUAACAGCAAAGCUCGCGUGAUCUUCAGCACCAAUUUCGUGAUUCACAACUAUCCCCCGGCGGUGUGGGAUACCCCACUGGGCGAGGAGCAUGAUUCUGGCUCGGAAGAGGGCGACUGGGAACAGGAAGGUAUGGAAGUGGAGGACAGUACUGGCGAGCUGGAGCCAGAGGGAGCGAGAGACCAGGAAAUGGAGGUCGACACGGAGGGAAUGGAUGCGCAUGCGAAUGGUGUUGGACUAACCUCGUGGGAGGACGAGCUAGAGCCGGACGACGGGAUCCCCUGGUCUGGAGAAGCGCUUGCGGGUGCCGCUGCGGGUCAGCAGGUGCAAGGCCAGGGACAUCAGCAUCAUCCAGCUAUACGCGGACCCACGCCCCCGGGUACAGCGCACCAUCUGAACAACUCCAAUGUCAACAACUCACCGUCUGGGAACUCGACGCCUUCCCCUCAGCAGCAGAAAGCGGCCCGCCAGGCGCAGCUAGGGAAUGGGCUUGCCUCCACCCUUCGGGCGCAGUCCGGUACUUCCCAACAGGAACCCGAACAGAAGACUCAAGUACAAGCACCAGCACAACCGCGCGAACGUCUUCUAUCCGAUCCAAGCCCGGCACCGAGUGUUUACUCCCUCAGCGCCGAAUCAGGCGUUGUGGACCCCGCUUAUGCAUUAGGCCAGCAGAUCCUCGCCGGCGCGAGCCAAGCACGGCAAGAGCAGACCCAGCCGCAAGUCACUCCCCUUCGUCCUGCACGGCAGAGCACGCCAGGGCUCGGGAUCUCUGCUCCUGCAGCGGGUGGUCAGGCUGCAAGUUCCAGUCAGCCAGCAAGGCCGAGUCAGAUCAUGCAAGCUGCGCAGGAAAGGGCCGUUCAGCGCCAGCUAUCUGCUUCGGCUCCGCCUUCUACUGUUGCCGGGUCGGGAUCUGGCUCGGAUAGGGAGAGGGAGAGGGAAACCAGACAGAGGCAGGGGAGCACUGUUAGCCUUACUCGGACUGGGUCGGAUGGGAGCGGCAGUGCUAGUCUGGCUAGUCGGGGGAGCGGGCUGGUCACUAGCCCUGCGCUGAGCGAGAGUGAGAUUGUUGGGCCUGCUGGGAGCAAGAGGGCAAGGCAGGCAGAACAGGGUCCGAGGAAGCUCAGGAAACAGACAAGUGAGGACUUCAAAGAUCCCCAGAGGGAGAAAGAGAAGGUGGAGAAGGUGGAGAAGGAUGAUGGGAAAAAGAAGGGUGGUUUGUUGAGCGGGUUGUUUGGGAGGAAAAAUAAGGAGAGUAAGGAGAAGGAGAAGCUUGAGAGGGAGAGAGUGGAGCGAGAGGAGAGGGAAAGGCAGCGUCUCCAGAUCGAGCAGAGGGAUAGGGACAGGCAGGGUCAAGGGCAAGGGCAGCAAAGGCAAGGAGAGCAUGCAAGGGAGGCGAGCGAGGAGAGCCAGGCUUCGUUCGUCUCCCCUCCACCUGCGUCUCUGCUCCAGCAAGCAGCCCAACCCCAGCAGGGAGCAAAGCGCAGCAACUCUGUCAACCGGACUGGUCAGGAGGCUUCCCCUGGCACGCCGUCGCUCGUCUCACUUUCGUCAGCUGCGACCUCCCCGGCUCCCAGCACGCAGGCCUCGUCCCGUGUCCAACAGCUAGACAAGGAGCAGCAAGACCGGUACGCGCAGUACCUCGCCGCCACCGUCAAGUCUUCUUCCAUGCCAGCAGGAGGCACGGGCUUUGCCACCCAGUCCGCGGCCGCUAUGGCCCAGAACGGCGCUGCGACAAGGUUGCAGCACGCGCAGGCGCUUGCCGCGUCCGGCUCGCCUGGGCCGCAGAAGCCCAGCAGACCGGGAAGCUUGAUCCUCAUGAACGGGAUCCUCCCUCCUGAUGGGGUGCCACCGGAGCUGUCUGUGUUACGUGUUUUUGCUGGGGAGGAUAUUGCCAACCUUACAGAGGCGACUUUCAAGACUGUCCUCCUGGGGCCGAACACUAGCUCUCGGGAUCUCAUCCGCCAGGCUGUACAGCGGUUCCACCUCCCGGAGGAUGAUACCGACCCCUCACCUUUGGAUCAUCCUGGUGCCGAAGGAGAGCUGCAUGGGGAGUACUAUCUCACGGUGAAGCAGGCCGAUGGUGGUCAAGAGGCCGUGCUCAUGCCCGACGAGAAGCCGCUGGCGGUGUUCGAGGAGCUUUCUGCUGCUGGCGCACCCCUCCCGCCUAGUGUGAGCAAGCGCGCCAGCUUUGGUAGUAUCAACAGCAUGGUCAGCAACCUUAGUGCUAUGACUGCUAUUGCUCGUCUGCCGAUGAGUGACUUUACGGAUGACUCGAGGGUCAAGUUCUACCUUCAGAGAAGGAAGAGAAUAACGGAGCAGGACGGUGUGCCUACGCUUAGCGGGAAGGGGCUUACGAUGGACAGCAGUAUGGUGCGCGACGAGAGUGGGAUCAUCAGCACCUCUUCCUCUGGGCUUAUGAGCGAGGACUUGAUGCAGAACAACUCGCUCGAAACGAGCUUCUCUUUCUCAUCCAACUCCACCGUGGGACCCAGGCGGCUGUCAAGCGAUAGGUUCUCCGCCAGCUCGGCUCGAUUCGCCCUGCAGACUGUUAUUCACCCGUCCGACCUUCCAGACGGGAUGGUCUUCGACCCCCACACAGAGGCGAUCGUCCCCCGGUCGGCAUUGUUGAACAGGUCGGGUACCGCGAGCGCAAGUGCUAGUCCGGGUAUCAGCCAGACUCAGAGGAAGAAGGUCUUCAUCUUUGCUCGCAAUGCUACUGUUGCCGAGGUCAUCGAGACCAGUCUCGAUCGGUUCGGGAUUGCAGAGGGCGUGGUGGAUGGCGGCGAUGAUGUAGAGGACAGGAUGGUCAAACGACGCUCUGUCACUCGGGUGCGGUACGGUCUGUCGGUGGAGAUAGAUGGAGAAGAACGCCUGCUGCAUCCCAGCAGCAAGAUCAUAGACGCGUUCCCUCGCCAGCCUGCCUUCCGUGUUCAGGAUUUCCGACGCACCUCCGAGUCUAAGCGCCGAUCCAUUGACGAGCCAUCUGUUCUCGGCACGUUGGAGGACAUCCAAGCAGACGAUCCGAUAUUUGUUCUCCGCCGUGCUCCAGGAAACAGCGCGAUGCGCAACUCUGGUUCCUCUAGGCACUCUCGCCACUCUGUGCCGCUGGACGAUGUCGCCUUGGCCAAGCUCCACGCUGAACGCCGUGCAAGCGCAAGCAUGCUUAGCAUGUCAUCCGACAGAGGGAGCAACGUCACUGACCCUGACUCAGCCGCCCUUUCGCGGCAAGAGAUCAUCCGCGAACAACGGGCGCAGUCCCGCGCUAGACAACAUGGUCUACUCAGUGCUCAGACCAGCGACCAGGGCACGAAUCUAGUUCUUCCUGAUCGAUCCCAGUUGCGCAGCACGAAGAGCUCGAGCAGCUCCAAGGUUCGCUACUCCUACAUUCAUCCUGAUGGCGAGAUGUACGAUAUCAGCGACAUAAUCGAGGACGAACUGGGUACCUCAGAGAACGAUACUAUUCGCCUGUCUGCUGCAAUGGACGUUGGGAGCCUAAGCGGAACGGAAGAUCUGCUCGAAGAAGUGCUUGCAACCGCCAGUCAGGGCAGAGAUGCCAGGAGCGGAGUCGAACAGCGACUUGAGAGAGUCCUCAACAGAGUUCAAGAGAAGCGUCAGUCGGCUUCUUUGGCGUUGCCCAAUCUCGGCCAGACGCACCGAUCCUCCGGUGCAUCCGCUGGCUCGUUCUACUCUGACGAUCCCCGGCGUAGCCCCCGACUGGAUACCUCAUUCGUCGAUAUAGAAGACCCACAUCAAAGAUCACAGUCACAGAGAUAUCAAGCACCCGCCUCGCCGCCUUCACCGACUAUACCCAGCUCGCCUAUCAGCGGCCGGACAUCCACUCCAUCACCCAAACCCGCUGGACCGCGCCACCCACACCCAACGCAUUCCCGCCAACAACCGUCGAUCGCUUCUGUCCUGUCGGACCUAUCGAUGUAUGACGGUGGCUCGAGCACCCCCGGCUCUCCACGAUCGCCAGCUUCCAUGCCCUCUCCUUCUAUGCCCCUCACCACAACACCUACGACGAUGACUUCAAGCAGCCAGACGAGUUCGUCUACGGCGGCAACCUCCGCUGGAGUGCAUGCUGCGAGCCGGAAACCGCUAGUGAUCAAGAGCGACUUUGCUGGCCUCAGUCGAAUGAUGGCGUUGAUCCAGCUGCGGGGAGAUAUGGAGCGCCCGCCGAAGCGGAAAGAAGAGCCUGAAGUGGAUAGGAUGAUGUUCGGUCCUCGGAUGGACUUGGAAACUCUCCACCCAAGCGUGAGAGACCUCUUCGAACCACAUUUUAAACAGAUGGAAGAGUAUGAUCAGCGGCUGGACCGUCUACUAAUGUCCACAGUCCGUGCACAUUAAUCACAUUCGUUGGCAUGUUUUCCCCUCGAUCGAUCACUCACGACACUCUUUUUGACUCCCUUGGAGACACGAUCAGUCUUUUCCCGUAUUGUUUCACGAUACCUUACAUCCCAGUCUUGGUUCUUGAC